UAUGUGUGUAUGUGAGGGUGCGUCAGAGGAAAAAGGAAGUUGCGGGAUGAAGUUAAAAGCCUUCAACGCAGUGCAGCGCUGCAGAACACCCACCACGGAAGAAAGGCAGAACAAGAGCGCUGAAGUCUGAAAAUGAGGCAUUGAAAGGAAGACGGGGACGUGAGCAUUCAGAGAGAAGACACAGAACUGCCAGGAGAAACUAGUGGAGAGAAUAAAGAUGGAGCUAUGGCGGCAGUGUGCGAUGUGGUUGAUCGACUGCCGGGUUCUUCCUGAGAACCACCGGGUCACAUGGGAGGGAGCGCAGGUGUGUGACCUGGCUCAGGCUCUGAGAGAUGGCGUGCUUCUGUGCCAGUUGCUCAACAACCUGCUGCCUCAGGCUGUCAACCUGAGAGAGAUCAACCUGCGGCCACAGAUGUCUCAGUUCCUGUGCCUAAAGAACAUUCGGACGUUCCUGGGAGUUUGUCAAGACCGGUUUCAUCUCAAAAAGAGCGAACUGUUUGAAGCCUUCGACCUGUUUGAUGUUCGGGACUUUGCAAAGGUCAUCGACACGUUGUCCACUCUGUCUCAUUCAUCAGUUGCUGUGCAGAGAGGAUUUCAGCCGUUUCCUUUGGAGGGAUGCACUCCUGAUGAUGAGAUCUACAGUGGCCUGUCUGACCAAAUAGAUGACACAGUGGAUGAGGAUGACGACUUAUACGACUGUGUGGAGGAUGAGGAAAACGAAGGAGAUGAGAUCUAUGAAGACUUGAUGCGGACGGACGAACAGCCUGAAACUCAGCAGCAGAAGACUGGUAUAGACAAGAGAGAGUGCUGCCUGCAGGAGAUCAGACAGACAGAGGAGAAAUACACUGAUACACUGGAAUCCAUAAAACAGCACUUUAUGAAGCCUCUUGAAAGGUUUCUCGGGGAGGAUGAAAUUGAAAAUAUCUUCAUCAAUAUAGAGGAUUUGGCUCACACCCAUCGUAGUAUGCUGGGGGAGGUUCAGAGCUCCAUCCAACAUUACGGAGCCAAGAAUCUCUACCAGGUGUUUCUGAGCUACAAGGAAAGGUUGUUACUCUACGGUCGUUACUGCAGUCAGGUGGAAGCGGCAACCAAACGCCUUGACAAGCUCUCAAAUACGAGGGAGGAUAUCAGGAUGAAGCUGGAGGAGUGUUCAAAGAGAGCAAACAGCGGACGGUUUUCUCUCAGAGAUUUACUCAUGGUUCCUAUGCAGAGAGUCCUCAAAUAUCACUUGCUGUUACAGGAGCUGGUGAAACACACCACAGACCAAGCAGAAAAGGACAACCUCCGAACAGCUCUCGAUGCCAUGAGAGACCUGGCGCAGUCUGUGAACGAGGUGAAGCGAGACAAUGAGAUCAUCAAGCAAAUUACUGACUUUCAGUUGUCUAUCGUAAACAUGACUCAGUCUCUAGCUCUCUAUGGUCGGCCAAAGAUUGAUGGAGAACUGAAGAUCUGCAGCUCAGAGAAAAAGUCUAAACAGGACAGGUAUGCAUUCCUCUUUGAUAAAGCUGUCAUUAUUUGUAAGAAGAAAAGCGGAGAGACGUUUGAGCUAAAGGAGGUCAUUGAACUACAGCGAUACCAGAUAAGAGAUGAAACCGCAGGACAGAAGGACAAUAAAAAGUGGUCCUAUUUGUUCCUCCUGCUGGACUGCUAUGGGAGUUCUGGGUACGAUUUAUUCUUCAAAACUAGAGAAAUGAAGAAGAAAUGGCUGGAACAGUUUGAGAUGGCUAUUUCAAAUAUGUGUCCUGAGAACUCCACAGCAAAUAACCAUGACUUCCAGAUGCACUGCUUCGAGGAAACCACGUCCUGCAAGGCCUGCUCAAUGUUGUUAAGAGGGAUAUUUUUCCAGGGCUAUCGCUGUACUCGCUGUAAAAUGGCAGCACACAAAGAGUGUUUAGGCAGAGUCAAUGCCUGCGGAAGAAACUCAGAUCACUCUGUCAAUACAAAGAAGCCCCAGCAGAAUAAACCAAGGUCCCCGGGACAUUCUGGUCUUGGAUUUCCUAAGAUGGAGGUGUGUCAGGAGUACUAUGGGCUGCCGCCGCCUCCUGUAGGCUUUGGACAACCGCUGCAGCUCUCCAAAGGUGACAUCAUUGAGCUGACCCGGGCCAACGUCGACAUGAACUGGUGGGAGGGAAAAAAUCUGACUGUUGGUCAAAUGGGAUGGUUCCCCUGCCAAAAGGUUCAGCCCUACGUCUCUAGGGCGAUCCCAGACUUGUCUUCCUUCAACUGGUUUGCAGGGAACAUGGACCGCACCGCUGCCAAAAACCUGUUAAUGUCCCGGUCUGAUGGAACCUUCCUUGUGCGACAGAAAGACGGAGGAGAGUUUGCCAUCAGCAUCAAGUUCAACAUGGACAUCAGACACAUUAAGAUCACCUCUAGUGAAGGCCUUUACCGCAUCAACGACAAGAAAGCAUUCAAGGGUUUAAUUGAGAUGAUUCAGUUUUACCAGCAGAACUCUCUGAAGGAAUACUUUAAGGAUGUGGAUACCACGCUGCGAACGCCUUACAAACAGCCCGAGCAAAGCAACUCAUCUAACAGCACGCCAAAUACCACACCAGGGGGCAGCAUUAGGAGCUUUGGCGUAGCGAGGGCCAGGUAUGACUUCUCCGCCAGGGACCGCUCAGAGCUGUCGUUGCGGGAAGGAGACACCAUCAAGAUCCUCUCCAAGAAGGGUCACAGUGGCUGGUGGAAAGGAGAGGUGUACGGCCGGGUGGGACUCUUUCCAGCCAACUAUGUGGAGGAGGAUUACUCUGACUACUGCUGAUGUGCAUCCAGAGGAGAUGCGUAGACCCAUACUGUGUGUGCAGGGGUCUGUGUGAGCGACUGCAUUAACCCAUAUGCAUGAAUGAGGCCGUGUGUGUGUGCGAGAAAGACGCUGUACUUGUGAUAUAAUGAUUGUCCUGUGAUGUGAAUAAAACUUUUGUGACUAAUUUGGAGAAAAAAAAUGUACGCGUGAACUUUACACCCACAGUAUUUACCACAUCAGAGUAAACAGAUGUGCUAAAAUGCUAAGUGAUUCAAAAUUGUAUUAUUAUACAAUGAAUAAAUUAUUUUUAAGUGUCA